ACUACUGAAAAUAAUUUUGUGAGCACGUAUUUUUUACCGCGUAUAUAUUUUUCAAUGUAAUUCUGUCGAUUGUGGAAAUUCGCGGAUUCGACAUUCCCGUGCGUUUGCGAUUUCGGGUUGAGAAAAACUGCAAUACUUUGAGAUGCCGGAAGAACGCGAUCUACCUCCCGGUGUCCAACCUAAACGUGAUCUUGCGAAAGAGGCAAAGUUUAAAUCUGAAGAGAUAAAAGAAACCUUUCCUGUGAUUGAAUUCAAGAGCAAAUUUAAUCCUCUAUAUUUUGUUGGCUCUUUAGUUGACUUUUUCUACGCCAAACCUAUUGUUGCAGUUCAAGGUCUAUUGGAAAACUUUCGAGGACCAAGUAACAGAAUUUAUUAUCAUCGUAAAUUUAGGAGAGUUCCUGAAAUAUGGGAAUGCGAAUUGAAUGACAGCACAUGCGUUUACGAAGCUGAAAUACAAUUUAGACGUGACAAACUUGUGGAAACAGAAAUACUUGAAAUUUUAAAGAAGGACAUGGAAACUUGUUGCCAUUCUAAUCCUAUCGUAUAUGGUGACGUGUGUGAACCUCUCAUCAAAGAAUACAAGGAAAUGAAAAAAAAUUGGAUGAUUAAAUAUGGAGAUCUUGCUCAUACGUUGAGCGCAAGAUCAGUACUCAACAAACAAAAGAACAGGCUCAUAGAGACCCGUUAUAAAGAGCGGGUGGGAUUGAAUGCAGACCUUGAAUGGCUCUAUGAUGAUGUUCCUCUUUCUCGAUUCAGUUGAAAAUAUUUUUCUUUAGUUUGUUUUUGCUUAUAAAUAAAUCUUCUCCCCAAGUGGCCAGACA